GUAAAAUUGAACUAAAAUCAACUCUUCUCUUAUUAAAGAUAUAUUCUAGUUACUAUAUUGAAAAUUAUCUAUUGGCAGCGCUGUAUCUAAUCUUCAAAAUGGCUUCUUCCACAGACGAGCUUCGAACAGUCAUGGAAUCCACGUUGACGAGAUUCCUCGAAAAUACCACAGUCGCGGUUCGGAAUAAAGACGCUUCUCUGUUCUCCGCGCUGCUAUCACCAGAAUGCUUGCGGUAUCUAAAACCUACCACCUUCGUCAAAGCCUACCCCUUCAUCAAGGCAGUAGAGACGAACGCGGAGUACGAAGCACGAAUGAUACCGGAGAUCGCGGCUAUGGAGGAGUCGAGGGUCAAGAUCAUAGAGAUUGUUAUCGACCCCGUCAAGCGCCAGGGCAGCGCACACGUCGAGCACUGGACCAAAAUUGUCGGCCGCGAACCAAUCGCCUUGGAGAUCUGCUGGUAUGUCGACUUUACGGAAGACGGCAAGAAGAUAUCACGAAUAGUCGAGUUCAUCGAUACAGCCGCAUCCUCGAAAAUUAUUGAGGCUAUUUUGAAUGGAAUCAAGCAACGUCAUGGUGCUUCUUGAAUAUAGUUAACUAGUCUAAAAAUAGUUUCAAUUAACUACCUAAGGUACAUUUACCUUAGGUAGGUUACAUCAAUUCAA